ACGAGUGUUGUCGUUUUGGCUCGUGUGUGCUCUGUUUUACAGCGCAUGACUUGGACGAGAGACAGUUACAGGGACACAUAUCACUGAGGACUUAAAUCGACUUGGUGCGUUUUGGGGAACGGACAAGUGUUCAAAGCCGUGCACAAUUCAACCUGUUUACACAUUUGUAAAGCAGCUGGGAGACCGAUGCCAAAAGCCAACCCAAUGACAGCCUUCAGAGUGCUUUCGUCUUCUGUGCUGAUGCUGGUGCUGAUGCAGUCCGGAGCUUUUUGCGCGCGGAGGUUCCGCGGUGGCCGCAACCCACAACCGCGUCGCUCAUCACCGCCUCCCACUUACCGCGCGGACCGAGGAGAAGCCACUGAGAGCUUCCCGCUGGAUUUCACCGCAGUUGAGGAGAACAUGGAUAACUUCAUGACGCAAGUGAAGAACCUGGCGCAGUCUCUGUACCCUUGCUCUGCGCAAAAACUCGACUACGACAUGAAGUUAAAUCUUUUGGAAAAUACAUCAGUCACUUGCAACGAUGGAAGCCCUGCAGGAUAUUACCUGAAAGAAUCUCGUGGAAGCAGGCGGUGGCUGAUAUUUUUAGAAGGUGGAUGGUACUGCUUCAACAAAGAAAACUGUGACAGUCGAUAUGAGACCAUGAGGAGACUGAUGAGCUCAUCCAAGUGGCCCCAAACUAAAACAGGUACAGGAAUCCUGUCUCCACUCCCGGAGGAAAACCCUCAUUGGUGGAACGCAAACAUGGUCUUUAUUCCAUACUGCUCAAGCGAUGUGUGGAGUGGUGCCUCGGCCAAAACGGAACAAACAGGGUACGCGUUUAUGGGAUCCCUUAUUAUUCAAGAAGUGGUGAAGGACCUCUUAAACAAAGGUCUAGAAAAUGCAAAGGUCCUUCUGCUUGCAGGAAGCAGUGCUGGAGGUACAGGAGUCCUGCUGAACGUAGAUCGCGUUGCAGAGCUUUUGGAAGGAUUAGGGCAUACUUCUAUUCAAGUGCGUGGUCUCGCUGAUUCGGGAUGGUUCUUGGACAACAAGCAGUACCACUUCACCGACUGCGUGGACACGGUCAGCUGUUCCCCCACUGAGACCAUCAAGCGAGGCAUCAAGUACUGGGGAGGAGUAGUCCCAGAGAGAUGCAGAAAGAGUUAUGAAGGAGAGGAGUGGAACUGUUUCUUCGGUUACAGAGUCUUCUCAUCAAUAAAAAGCCCAGUCUUUGUGGUGCAGUGGUUGUUUGACGAAGCCCAGCUGACAGUUGACAACAUUCAGCUGACAGGCCAACCUGUGCAGGAAGGACAGUGGCGUUAUAUCCAAAACCUGGGAAUUGAACUGAGAAAGACACUGAAUAAUGUCCCGGCGAUGUUUGCUCCUGCAUGUUUAUCACAUGAAGUUAUCACAAGAACGUACUGGAUAGACAUACAAGUGAAAGGAACUUCUCUGCCCCGGGCCCUGCACUGCUGGGACCGUAGCCUUCAGGACCACCGGAACAACAAGGCUCCACCCAAAGGAUGUCCAGUGCAUUUGAUUGACAGCUGCCCAUGGCCACACUGUAACCCCACCUGUCCCACCAUCAGAGACCAGUUCACCGGGCAAGAGAUGAAUGUCAUCCAGUUCCUUAUGCAUAUGGGCUUCGACGUGCAGAAGAUGGCUCAGCAGCAGGGCAUGGAUCCCAGUAAACUUCUGGGGAUGCUCAGCAGUGGCAGCUAAAACCGAACACAUAAAAAACAGUUUACUGAAGCUAAGUCCGCAGAGGGCUGGCUGGUCUUCAUGGCCAGUCUUUAUAACUGAUACCUCCAGCUUUUUGUCAAAACUAUUCUCUUAUUGGCUUAAUCCUAACUGACCUCAUUAUCAUCACAUUUUUAUUUUUAUUUUGUAUGGCUCCUCACGACUGGCAAAAAGUCUAGCCAUGAGAUAUUGCAAUGACAAAGCACAUCUUUCUGCUACACACAAUUUAAAUUAUGUGCUUUGUUACAGAAAACAGAAAACUUUGAAUGUAAUCCAUUUUAAAGGGUAUUUAUAUGUUAAUAUAUAAUGUUUUGUUUGGUUUAGAUAAUCUUAAGCCAUCGUCAGUUUGUAAGAAGAAGAAAAGGUGUGUGACUUGCCAGUUACAGUAUGUAGUAAAUAUAGAGAAUAUAAGACUAAAUCAAAAAUAGAGUUAGUUAAAACUGAGUAUAUAACUUACAUCUCAUCAGUUUCAGAAUCCGAAGGACACACGGACCUAUUAUGAUGAGGUGACAAAAGCACUGGAUUACAGAGGGACAAAACAGUGUUCCAAAUAACAUAACGUGAUUACUGAAUCUAAAUGAUGUACUCUUACACUAUACAUAUUAACUUAUACUUCUAUAUUAAGGGAAAUGUAUGGAAAUCGAACACAAGGCACCAUAGUGAAGGUUCCACACUUUAAUUUAUGGUACUAAGGGCUUUCUUGACCAUGGUGCCAGUACAACAAUCCUGCUUCUUAUACCUCUACGCACCUACUUCUACAAACAGGGUCCACACAGUCAUAUCAAUGCAAUGGACAUUUAAAGGGCGACAUUUGUGUAUAUUGUAUAGGUUUCUGUAAGCGUACAAUAUUUAACCCCUUAUAUUUCAUAAUACAGAUAAUAUAAUGAUAUGUUGUAUGUAAUAUUUUUAAGACCUCUAUCAUCCACACUCGAAGGAAAGGUAUGACUAUUUGUAAUUUUAUUCUGUAACAUAUAACAGUAACGUUACAUUGGUAAUUAACAUAUUUAUUUUGUUCUGUAAAUCAUAUUUA